CUGGGGCGCGGCGCCGGCACCGCACCAUGAUCAACCCCAACUACUACCCCUGGGGCUACGACAGCGACAACGGACCAGAUCAGUGGCACAAAAAUUACCCUUUUGCGAAAGGACGCCAUCAGUCACCGAUUGAAAUCAAUAACAAAGAGGUGCAUUAUGACAGUUCUCUACUACCAUGGUUUGCUAGUUAUGAUCCUGGUGCAGCUAAGACCAUCCUCAAUAAUGGGAAAACCUGCAGAGUUGUAUUUGAUGAUUCAUUCGAUAGAUCAGUGCUGAGAGGUGGGCCACUUCCAGGAGUCUACAGGCUGCGGCAGCUGCACUUCCACUGGGGCUCGUCUGACGACCACGGCUCGGAGCAUGUUGUGAAUGGAGUGAGGUAUGCAGGAGAGCUACAUUUGUUACACUGGAAUCCCAAAUACAGUAAUUACCUUGAUGCUAAGAGAAGAACUGAUGGGAUUGCUGUUUUGGCCAUAUUUUUGCAAGUUGGGGAAACUCCGAAACCAGAGAUGAAGAGAAUUCUUGAAGAAAUAAAUGCUAUCAAAACAAAGGGGAAAAAUGCUCCUUUUCCAAACUUCGAUCCUUCAAUUCUUUUCCCUAAAUCCCAUGACUACUGGACAUACCAUGGAUCUGUCACUACUCCACCUUGCGAAGAGUGUGUUACCUGGAUUAUUCUUAGAGAGCCCAUCAUAGUCAGUUCAGACCAGAUGGCAAAGCUCCGCAGUCUCUCCAAGAAUGCCGAGAACGAACCCGAUCACCCCUUGGUUGAUAACUGGCGCCCGACUCAGCCGCGGUAUUUCAGGAUGGUGAGCGCGUCGUUCCUCUAGGACCUGGCUCCUGUUGGGUGGCUCUGAGAGAGGCAACCUCUAGAAAUAAGAGGUGGUUUUGUUUUGCGUCCUUUGCUGCAUUUACACAGAUCUCCAGCUGUAGGUCUGGAGGCUGAAACUUGAGUUGUGGAAUGAGAAUUUCACUUUCUGAGGAUUACUGUUAUUUAGGUAAAUCCUACUGUUAAAAUGGAAGUAGAGAAUCUAUUUGGUUCUUCAUAGCUGCUUUAACAUUAGCUUUUGUUAAUAGUUCAAAGGAAGAAGGAAGAUGCUACUAAUAAUUACAAGGCAAUUUCCUAUUGUGCACAUGUCCCUUGAUGCUUGUUUGAUUGCAUGCUAAAGAGGUUUCAGUUAAGAGAAGUAAUUGUUUUCACCAUUAAAGACAUAUUUUUCAGUAGAUAUUUUCAGAAUUACCCAUAUCCAGCUCUGAGCUGCACCAGUUAAUCCACAAGGCAUUCUUGAAAAUUAUAAACUCUUUUGGUCUUUGGUACGUAAAAUAUGAAAGGAUAGGAAAUUGUGUUACAAUCACUGAUAAAGGGCUAAACUUUUACUUUCUUAAAACAAUGGACAGGUGAAAGAGAGGUCUGUUCUGAAAAUUGUAUUCACCGAGUUAUAUGUAGUUAAAACUAUGGGAAGGGGGAAGAGCUAUUUCUUUUUGUGUCACAACUGGUUCUCUUUAUUAAAAGACUAAUUUCCAUUUUAAUAUUGUAGCAGUCAAGGUGACAUAAAUUUUGUGAAGUUGGUCUUUGUAUCCUUCGUAUAUAUUUUAUUCAUGUAUGCAAAUGGCUUUUCUGUGUAAAAAGGGUGUUAAAAUAAGAAGAGUCCUUAGUCUUUUUAAUUAUUUUUGAGACAAAUUCUCAUUUCAUGUACAAAUGUAAUCAAUCCUGCUGUCAAUGAAGUUUGUGCAUAAACAUCUGAAACCACAGUUGGACUCUUAAUCAAAAUGCAAUUGACCAAUGUGUUCUUGUCUCUUGUUUUGGCACAAAGAACAAUGAAACAGGGUUGUAAGCCUCUAAUUGAAAUAACACUAUUUCUGCAUUAAA